AUGACCACUCGGGCGAAGCCCCACUCCGACCAGAACUAUCAUGACCUCCCCUGUCCUGCCCACAUCGCAUUCGCCGUUGCCGUGGUCCGAUCGAAACCAUCUCAAUUGUCCAUAGAAGAAUACCUUGAGGACCUUCGUCGGGCUAUUGUGACAAGGUCUCACAAUCCCUCCAUCACCAUUCUGGACUUUGACGCAGAGAUGUACUGGAAAAGUGCAUAUCACAAAGCUGAGGCAGAGCGUCUGAAGCUGGCCCACGAGCUGGAUCAGUUGAGAAAGGAGAGAGAUGCUCUUCUGCCGAGCGAGGAAGUCCAGCUCUCAACGCGACAGUCUACUGUUGGCAAGCGCAAACGAGAUGCUCCGAUGGUGAGAAAAACUCAACCAGCCAGUCUAGACCUUGAGAAUGAUGACAGGGCCUUGGAAAUCGAAAGUCUCGACAUCCCUCUCACAGAUCGCCAAUCGUUCCUUCACGGCUUCAUAUCCCUCCGCCACAGCCUGCGUUCAUCAGAUCCUGACCAAGAGGCACUUGUGAAUUCCAUCAGAGCUGCCGCAAUUUCCGUCUCACGGAUACUUCAAAAGCGGCUGAGUGCACCGCCGAAGAAGUCUGCCCGGCAGGAAGGCCCAGCAGCGAAAGACCUUUGUGUGGCUUUCGGGAAUGCCUAUCCGUCAAUUCUGCAGGCGAUGGGAUUCAUCCAGCCGCAGAUCGGUGAGGACGGUGCACGGUAUUACCCAGCUGUUCCCGACCUCACCAAGGUGUUCCAAGCCUUCCUCGGGCGGCUCCACAAGCUUGCUCUGGAUGAAUACACCAGACAAGAGAAAGACGUCAAAUCGAAGCAACGAGGGUCAGCUCGUGUGCGAGAGGUUCUAGGCCGGAGAUUCGCAGCGUCGAAUAAACAAGCCAUCGCCGAGGCCACAGAAAUAGUUCGGACUCUGGUGAAGAUGAUAACCGAGCUUGACGUCUCGAGAGAUGCUCAUUGUGAAAUGCUGGAGGGCUGCUUGUGCACAAUUCUCGACCGUGUUGGCUCGUCCCUAUCGCUUCUGGUCUUUGCCGACUUGAGCGGGACGAGCGAAAAGCAACCAGGUCUGCUGGCACCACGCGGUUUGUUGGAUGUGGCGCAUCUGGACGCGAAGUCUGCCACAGGUACGGCCAACAUUGAAGGGCCAUACCUUAUCUGGAUCUUGCGCAAGGGGCUGGAAUUUUUGCAUGCCAACACCAAACACAUGUCUCGAAAGUCCCAGCUCAUUUUCACGCCGCAGCAGUCCGACGCAAAGGGGGUGGCUCAAGGCAAAAGCCUUCGGCGGCGGAUCGAAGAGACACUCCAAAACACCCUUCUUCGAGGUGCGUUUGGCGAUGACGAUGACGCAUUUUACAAUUCUUUGAGGCGUGAGGCGGAUGGAGAGGAGGAGGCAGAAUUGACGAAAAUGGUGAAGCAGAUCAAAGGCAAAGAUUGCUCGCCGGAAUGGUUCAUUGGAGAGGUGUGGGAGCAUUUGGGGUGGGAUAUCUUAUCUGGCAGGAGGGAUGUUUGA